AUGGUUGUGAAUGCAGAAUAUGUUGAAGAAACUGGUGAUGGUGAAGAUACUGGCGAUGUAGGAGAUACUGGUGAUGGUGAAGUAACUAGCGAUGUUGAAGAAACUGGCUAUGGUGAGGAUACUGGCGAUAAUGGUACCGAGGAAUCUACUGAAGAGAACACUGAAGCGGAAAGUGAUGGUAUAACAGAAUCGGGGGAUGUAAUAGAAAUAACCGAUGAACAUACUACCGUAAGUGAUACAACAGAGUUUAGUGCUGAAACAACAACAAAGAAAGUUAAAACAUCACCAAUGAAAAAGAAGAAUAAGAGAAAAAGGACGAGGAGGAGGAGAAAUAACAGAAGAAAGAAUAAAAGAAGAAGGAAUAAGCGAAAGAAGAAUAAGCGAAAUAGAAACAAAAAUACGAACACGAAUAGGAGAAAAACCAAAAAAAGUGUGGGUUAA